CCUGCCGUUGGGGGGUUGGCAGAUUGGGACCACAAGUGUCUGGCAGUGUGGGCUGGGGCCUUGUCACUGAGGCAGAGUCGUUUCAGGGCCCUGAAGCAACUGCCCCAUGCUCUGCUGAGCACGGUACCAUGCUUCCACGCCUCCUUCUGCUGCUGAGCGUCUUGGGCCCUGGCAACUGCCUUCAGCUGUGGGACACCUGGGAGCAGGGAGCCAAGGCGGCCUCACGCCCUGUGCGUCUCCGGGAACGGAGACAGGCAGAUGUGGGUGAUGAUUUUGAGUACCCUGACUAUGGCCUGGAUGGCACAGAUCCCCCAGAACUGCUGACGAAUACCACCAACACCGUGGCUCCACACCCUGAGCCUCUGACCACGGUGGCCAUGCUGGAGCAGAGAGUUUCUGGAACCCCUGAGUCAACCACGGCCCAGGUUACCGCCACCAGCCCUGCUGGCCCAGAUGCAGGAGGAAUGACUGUUGGAAUGCUGAGCACGGAGUCUGCCACACAGUGGAAACCAACCACAGUGGAGACGACUAUCCAACCAGCAGCCAUGGAAGCAAAGACCUCACAGCCAGCAGCCACGGAGGCAGAGACCUCACAGCCAACACCCACGGAGGCAGAGACCUCACAGCCAGCAGCCACGGAGGCAGAGACCUCCAAGCCAGCAUCCACGGAGGCAGAGACCUCCCAGCCAGCAGCCACGGAGGCAGAGACCUCCCAGCCAGCAUCCACGGAGGCAGAGACCUCACAGCCAGCAUCCACGGAGGCAGAGACCUCCCAGCCAGCAUCCACGGAGGUAGAGACCACGCAGUUUUCCAGGAGUCAGGUUGUAAAAAGUCAGUUCACAGAGUCCACAGCCACAGAAGUCCCUUCCACAGAGCCCACUGCCACGGAGAUCACGUCCACAGAGGCCACUGACUCUAGCAUCUUCCUUGGGCCAUCUGUGAGUCACAAGGCCAAGGAUGAGGCAACUGGCCACUUCAAUGGCAAUGGUUUGAAGAAUGAGCUGUUGGUGACCCCUGGGAGCUCCCUGGCUACAACGACCCCAGUGACCUCCGACCUCAUUCCCGUGAAGCAAUGCCUGCUGGCCAUCCUCAUCUUAGCCUCGCUGGCCACCAUCUUCCUCGUGUGCACCGUGGUGUUGGCCGUCCGCCUCUCGCGGAAGAACCACAUGUACCCGGUGCGGAACUACUCCCCCACGGAGAUGAUCUGCAUCUCAUCCCUCCUACCCGAGGGAGGCGACGGGGCCCCCGUCACGGCCAAUGGGGACCUGCCCAAGGUCCAGGACCUGAAGACAGAGCCCAGUGAGGACCGCGGGGAUGACCUCACCCUACGCAGCUUCCUCCCUUAGCGCCCCUGGCUACCUGAGCAAGAAAGACCCUUGCUGGCUUCACCCUCCACGCCCACCCACCGGUCACCAAGGCCACAGCUCGGGGCUGC